AUGAACAGCAAUAUUUUCCAAUCCUCCACUGACAAUGUCUCUUCGAGUGAACCUGUUUCCACAUCUACCAGUGGCCAGAUUGUCCAUCCAAUAGGUUGCAAACAAAGCAAGGCCGGAUCCCAGGGGAAGAGAAAGGUCCAGGAGGCUCUUUUUGAUCUGGUGAAUGAUCAAAGAAAAGCCCAGCGUUCUGGUAGUGGAAAGGACAAAAAUUUCAGAGAGAUGCUGGACAUGAAGUAUAUCAUGAUGGAUGCAGACACUAUCAGCAAUCCAGUAAGACGCUGCUGUGUUCUCUUGAAGCAAAAGCAAGCCCUGCGCCAAGCAGAAGAAAUAGAAAGGGGUUUUGAAGAUGAGGAUGAGAGUAGUGAUGAUGAAGAAGAAGAAGUUGAAGAGCUUCAAAGUGAUGAAGAAUAUAAUUUUUCUGAUGAAUAA